AGUACAGUAUAAAACUUCAGAGUGCCAAUACCAUGAAGAGGAACUCCUCAGACAGCUCUUACCACAUGAUACAGGAGUCUGCUGGUGAAAGAGAGAGGACCGGAAAGAGAAUUUGCUGAAGAGGAGAAGAAAAAAAAAAAAGAAAAAAAAGAAAGGAAAAAAAAAAAAAAAACCUGUGCGUGAGGGGGGAGGAAAAGCAGGGCCUUUUAAAAAAAGGCAAUCACAACAACUUUUGCUGCCAGGAUGCCCUUGCUUUGGCUGAGAGGAUUUCUGUUGGCGAGUUGCUGGAUUAUAGUGAGGAGUUCCCCCACCCCAGGAUCCGAGGGCCACGGCGCAGCCCCCGACUGCCCGUCCUGUGCGCUGGCCACCCUCCCAAAGGAUGUACCCAACUCUCAGCCGGAGAUGGUGGAGGCCGUCAAGAAGCACAUUUUAAACAUGCUGCACUUGAAGAAGAGACCCGAAGUCACCCAGCCGGUGCCCAAGGCGGCGCUUCUGAACGCUAUCCGAAAGCUUCAUGUGGGCAAAGUGGGGGAGAACGGGUACGUAGAGAUAGAGGAUGACAUCGGCAGGAGGGCAGAAAUGAAUGAACUCAUGGAGCAGACCUCGGAGAUCAUCACGUUCGCAGAAGCAGGCACUGCCAGGAAAACGCUGCACUUUGAGAUUUCCAAAGAAGGCAGUGACCUGUCGGUGGUGGAGCGGGCCGAAGUCUGGCUCUUCCUCAAAGUCCCCAAGGCCAACAGGACCAGGACCAAAGUCACCAUCCAGCUCUUGCAGAAGCAGCCCCAGGGCAGCGGGGACGCAGGGGAGGAGGCCGAGGAGAGGGGCUUCACGAAGGAAAGGAACGAAGUGUUGAUAUCGGAAAAGGUGGUGGAUGCGAGCAAGAGCACCUGGCACAUCUUCCCGGUGUCCAGCAGCAUCCAGCGGUUGCUGGACCAGGGCAAGAGCUCCCUGGACGUUCGGAUUGCCUGUGAGCAGUGCCACGAGACCGGCGCCAGCCUGGUGCUCCUGGGCAAGAAGAAGAAGAAGGAGGAGGAGGGGGAAGGGAAGAAGAACGGAGGAGACGGAGGGGCAGGGGGAGAGGAGGACAAGGAGCAGUCCCACAGACCUUUCCUCAUGCUGCAGGCCCGCCAGUCCGAAGACCACCCUCAUCGGCGAAGGCGGCGGGGCUUGGAGUGCGACGGUAAGGUCAACAUCUGCUGUAAGAAACAGUUCUUUGUCAGUUUCAAGGACAUCGGCUGGAACGACUGGAUCAUCGCUCCCUCCGGCUAUCACGCCAACUACUGCGAGGGUGAGUGCCCGAGCCACAUAGCAGGCACGUCGGGGUCCUCGCUCUCCUUCCACUCGACGGUCAUCAACCACUACCGCAUGCGGGGGCACAGCCCCUUCGCCAACCUCAAGUCGUGCUGUGUGCCCACCAAGCUGAGACCCAUGUCCAUGCUGUACUAUGAUGAUGGGCAGAACAUCAUCAAGAAGGACAUUCAGAACAUGAUAGUGGAGGAGUGUGGGUGCUCAUAGAGCGCCCCGCCCAGGGGGGACGGGAGCCAGAGUUGUCCAGACAAGACAGUGGCAAAAUGAAGAAAUGUUUAAGGUUUCUGAGUUAAACAAGCAGAAAAAAAAAAAAUAGAAAUUAAAAAAAAAUAAACUAAAAACAAAACCUGAAACAGAUGAAGGAAGAUGUGGAGAAAUUCCUUAGACAGGGCUCAGAGAUGAAGCAGUGAGCAAGAUGGGAAUUGGGAGGGAGAGGGAGAACAGCACCCCCUUCAUUUCUUCUGAUAUCAAGGUGAUGACAUCAGUUGCUUACAUGGGAGUAUUGUCCCCUCCUUUUCAGUCCCCUUUUCAGUGUGAGCCUCGAAGUCGACUUGUCUAGUCUGCAAUAACGUGGGCUGGCACAACCCAAAUAGCAUCUAGAAAGCCAUGAGUUUGAAAGAGCCAGUUACAGGCACUUUCCCACCCAGUUACCCAGGUUGUAAGGUAUGUCUGUGUGACCCUCUCUCUGUGUAUAUCAGCCCGUGCGCACACGCACACAGACACACACACACACACACACACACAGAGGCAUUUCCACACGACACAUGCAUACACAUACUGGUAAGGGAACAAUAGUGUGCAGGUGGUCACACUUCUUUUUCUGCACCAGUUUUGCAACAAAGCAA